AUGGUCACUACAGUAGCCACAAAAAGGCUAACGCAACCUAUGGGGUACACGGGUGAACCCCGCCAAGUACUACACACGUACAGCGGACGACUGCCUCGUUUCCGCUCUGGCAAACCCCCGACGGCCCGGUCCNGCAGUGGGCAGAAUUACAACAACAGGCACGCGACGAUGCCGUUGAACACGAGUAUGCGCGCAAAGCGCAGGAGAACAGAUGGUAGUAAUGCAACAACAAACAACCCCGCGACGAGGGAAGAAGAAGAAACAGCAAAACACCAUCAUCAACAACAACAACAAAAAGAAGAUUGA